AUCCCCGCUCCGAGUCCCGGCGCAUCCAAGGGGGAAGAGUCUGCGGAGUUAAACAUUGCCUGGGACGGCUGCGAUUGGCAGAGGAAAGAAGAACUGUCCAGGAAACGGCUCGAGUUUCAACGAGGGGGGAGUGACCAGGGGAGGGAGGAAGGGGAGAGAGAAAGAGAGGAGUGUGUAGGGGGAGGGAAAAAAAAAAAAAAAAGGGGGGGGGGGGCUGUAGACUUGACAAAGCUUUAGAGAUUACAACCGGAAUUCUGAAUGGAGCGGACCUGGACCUAGGACUUGUUUUUAAAAAUCCCAGAUAUGCCGCCGUGUUGGCUGGAAGUUAUUCUUCCCUUUCCCCAAGGCUGGAUCUCCUCUCUGAGCCCCUAACUGGAGAAGUGGAGGGACGAAAAGUUUGGCUGAUUAUUAAAUCGAGGCUUAUUUCGUUUUAAUUUUUUUUUUUUUAAUCUCUAUUCCCCCGGCAAUUUGCGUGCGAAUUGCGCGGCUCGGGCGCUCCUGUUCCGCAGCCUGGGUUUGCCACCGAGGGGCCGAGCGCCUGAAUGUGGAAUAACCGAGGCACGAUUGUUUUUCCUUGGAGAAGUUUUCCCCCCAAGGGAGCCCGUCUUCGUCACUUUGAUUCAUCCUGCGCACACGCCUGCUGCCGGGGGAAAGCAGAUCGCUUACUCGGAGCCUUUUCAUUCAAGCAGCAGCAACAGUUCCAAGUGAGAAGUUUUUUAUCAAGGCUGAAGGCACUGCUUUCAGUCCAUGCUUGUGUAGAAGUGUUCAGAUGGGAUUAAAGUCCACAUGGAUAUAUGGAAAAGGACCAGGAACUGGCACUAAAAAGAUGGUCAGCUGCAAUUCGGGUUGCCUUAUAUGCUUGGUGGUGGUCUCCAUGGCUGGACUUUCCCUGGCUCGGCCAUCAUACAAUUCAGUUGCUCAAGACACCACUUUGGAACCUGAAGAGCCACCAACCAAAUACCAAAUCUCUCAACCAGAUGUAUACUCAGCACUUCCAGGAGAUCCACUUAAGUUGCGUUGUCAGUUGAAAGAUGCCAUCAUUUGGACUAAAGAUGGGGUCCAGUUGGGGCCCAAUAAUAGAACAGUGAUUAGUGGGGAAUACUUGCAAAUUAAAGAUGCUGCACCCAGAGAUUCAGGCCUCUAUGCUUGCACUGCUGUUAGGACUACAGAAAGUGAUACUCUAUACUUCAUUGUAAAUAUUACAGAUGCUCUUUCAUCUGGAGAUGAUGAAGAUGACAAUGAUGGCUCAGAGGAUUUUGUGAAUGACAACAACCAUAUGAGAGCGCCCUACUGGACACACACUGACAAAAUGGAGAAAAGAUUACAUGCAGUUCCAGCAGCUAACACCGUCAAAUUUCGUUGCCCGGCUAUGGGAAACCCAACACCAACCAUGCGAUGGUUAACGAAUGGAAAAGAAUUUAAACAAGAGCAUCGCAUUGGUGGAUACAAGGUACGAAACCAGCACUGGAGUCUCAUUAUGGAGAGUGUAGUCCCAUCUGACAAAGGAAAUUAUACUUGUAUAGUGGAAAAUGAAUAUGGAUCCAUCAAUCACACAUACCACCUAGAUGUUGUCGAACGAUCACCACACAGGCCUAUUCUCCAAGCUGGCCUUCCAGCAAAUGCCUCUGCAGUGGUCGGGGGUGAUGUGGAGUUUGUCUGUAAAGUGUACAGUGAUGCUCAGCCUCAUAUUCAGUGGAUAAAACAUAUAGAGAAGAAUGGCAGUAAAUAUGGGCCAGAUGGAUUACCGUAUCUUCAAGUUUUAAAGGCCGCCGGUGUUAACACCACGGACAAAGAGAUUGAGGUUCUCUAUAUACGGAAUGUAACUUUUGAGGAUGCUGGGGAGUAUACAUGCUUGGCGGGUAAUUCUAUUGGGAUAUCCUUUCACACUGCAUGGUUGACAGUUCUGCCAGCUCCUGAUGAAAAAAAAGAGUAUCAGACAUCCCCAGACUACUUGGAGAUAGCCAUUUACUGCAUAGGGGUCUUCUUAAUUGCCUGUAUGGUGCUGACAGUCAUCCUGUGUCGCAUGAAGAAUACUACCAAAAAGCCGGACUUCAGCAGCCAGCCUGCCGUGCACAAGCUGACUAAGCGCAUUCCUCUGCGUAGACAGGUAACAGUGUCUGCAGAUUCUAGCUCCUCCAUGAACUCCAACACACCUCUGGUGAGGAUAACCACUCGUCUCUCAUCAAAUGCUGAUGCCCCAAUGCUGGCAGGUGUCUCAGAGUCUGAACUGCCAGAGGAUCCAAAUGGGAGUCUCAGAGAUAAGCUGACACUGGGUAAACCCCUUGGAGAAGGUUGCUUUGGGCAAGUUGUCAUGGCAGAAGCAUUGGAAUCGACCAAAGACAAACCAAAAGAGGCAGUUACUGUGGCAGUGAAGAUGCUGAAAGAUGAUGACGAAAAAGACUUAUCUGACCUGGUGUCAGAGAUGGCGAUGAUGAAAAUGAUUGGGAAGCACAAAAAUAUCAUCAAUCUUCUUGGAGCCUGUACACAGGAUGGUCCGUUGUAUGUGAUAGUUGAAUAUGCUUCUAAAGGGAAUCUGCUGGAGUAUCUGCGAGCACGGCGACCCCCUGGAAUGGAAUAUUCAUUUGAUAUCAACAGGGUACCAGAAGAGCAGAUGACAUUCAAAGACUUAGUAUCGUGCACGUACCAACUGGCAAGGGGCCAUGGAGUACUGGCUUCACAGAAAUGCAUUCAUCGAGAUUUAGCAGCAAGAAAUGUUUUGGUAACUGAAAAUAAUGUGAUGAAAAUAGCAGACUUUGGUUUGGCCAGAGACAAUAAUAUAGAUUAUUAUAAAAAGACUACUAAUGGCCGGUUGCCGGUAAAGUGGAUGGCAGAAGCCCUGUUUGACAGAGUGUACACACAUCAAAGUGAUGUUUGGUCAUUUGGUGUGUUGAUGUGGGAGAUCUUCACUUUGGGAGGAUCGCCCUAUCCAGGAAUUCCAGUGGAGGAACUUUAACUGCUUAAAGAAGGGCACAGAAUGGAUAAGCCUGCCAACUGCACCAAUGAACUCUAUAUGAUGAUGAGAGAUUGCUGGCAUGCAGUGCCUUCGCAGAGACCAACUUUUAAGCAGUUGGUAGAAGAUUUGGAUCGAAUUCUCACUCUCACAACUAAUGAGGAAUAUCUGACCUCAGUGGACCUCUUGAACAGUAUUCACCCAGUUAUCCCGACACUAGGAGUUCGUGUUCUUCAGGUGAUGACUCUGUUUUUUCUCCUGAUCCAAUGCCUUAUGAACCCUGUCUUCCCAAGUACCAGCACAUAAAUGGUAGUGUUAAAACAUGAAAUUAAAGCAUUCUUAUUCCUCAGAGGAUAAAGAAACAAGAAUGCCAACCUACCUACCACAGUAAAGAGCUCUUUUCUCCAGGACCCUAAUGUUUCUGUUUGUACAUAUGAAAUAUAAGAAGAAGAAAAAGUAUCUUGGAGGAAGAUUGUCAGAACAUGUGUAAAGAAUUAUAUAGUUUGGAACUCUUAAGCAAUUCCAAAAGAAGAAGAAUGUUUAUGGGCCAUGUAUGGAUGUACCUCACCAUGUCAAUUUUCUGGCUCACUGCAAGCUGCAAUGGACUUUGUUUGUACCAUGGACCAGUUGGACUUAAGGCAAACUCUGGGUCUGCCUUUUUUGUUUAUUUUGUAAUAUUUGGAGAAAAUAUAUGUUGGCACACACUUACAGAGCACAAAUGCAGUAUAUAGGUGCUGGAUGUAUGUAAAUAUAUUCAAAAUAUGUAUAAAUAUAUAUUAUAUAUUUACAAUGAAUUAUUUUUUGUAUUGAUUUUAAAAAUGGAUGUUCCAAUCCACCUAGCAAAUUAGUUCUUUUUUUUAACAGCUAUUUGCUAAAUGCUGUUCUUACACAGAAUUUCUUAAUUUUUCACCAUUCAAAGGUGGAAAAUACUUUGCUUUCAGGGAAAAUGGUAUAUCAUUAAUUUAUUAACUAAUUGGUAAUGUACAAACAAUUAAUCGUUUAUAGGGUUGUUUUUGUAAUUUAAAUGGCAUUUCUAAGCAGGCAGCCCAGAGAUCUAGUAGAUAUAUUGCUCAGACUUUAGUAGUUGUCAGAUCUUUAAAAAAAGAAAUAUUUACAGUAUAUAACUAAUUUGGGGAGAAUUAUGCUUUUGAUUUAUUUGUGUUUUAAAACUUCAGUGCCAGAUGAUUGUUCUUAUCAAUAUCAAAAUUCCCAUAUUUUAAAAAAAAAUCCUUUAAUAAGAAGUGUCUGGUUUGUAACUAUCACUAAAGCAUAUGUGGAGACUUGAACAAUAUUUUCUAAGGCCCAAAUAACACAAUCAUUCUAUGGAGGGGAAAAAAAGAGAGAGUCUUUAAUGGGUUCCUAAAGUAAGGAAAGACAUUAACUUGUCUAUAACCAUAGCAGAAUGUACUGCUCUAAAAAGAGUGAGCUUCCACUCUGCGUUGCUCAUGCAUCAAAUUAACUAGUAUUGUCUUCAUUGACUUGAUAAUGGGUUCCAGAUCUUCUGGCCUGAUAGUAGCCUUUCAGCGGUUCCUAUAUUGUAACAUAAGUUAAAAAGAGAGAGAAAAUUUAUAAUGACAAUUUGCCAUCUUUUUAAGGGAUUAGUUCAUGCUGGCUCCAGUAUAUUUUUCCAAACUGUUCCUUAAUAUCAGGCAUAGUGCAAUGGGGUCAGACAAAAUAUUACUGCAUUCUUUCAUUUGUAUUUUUUUUUUUAAGUAUUGUGUUUUUACUUUCAAAACACCCAUUCACACUGAUACAGCCAUGCAAUACAAAUGCGAAUUACACUGAUUUACUUAUUAAAAAUUUGGGAAAAAAGUAUUAACAUCUGUUAACUUUUGUACGGACAAUAAAAUGUUUCGACAGAUAUUAAUGUUAACAUUACAAAAUAAAUGUCAUGCAGCUUAUUUUUU